UAAAGGGGAAGCAGCGAUUCACAACACCCUUUAUUUACCUGCUAUGGUUGCAUCUUAUCUGUUCUAUGGAUCACAGGGGAAGCUGCUCGGUUUUGCAGCCUCCGAUGGCGAGCAUCGGUCCUCUGCAGGCUGACAGCGACGGGCUGAGCCUCUCGCAGAGCUGGCGGGUGAACCACAGCGACUCUGUGGGCCACGUCUACGAGAUCCAGAUCCUCCGCGCUGGAAGCCAUGCUGUCGUUUACGAUAGAAAUCUCAGUUUACCGCCUGUGGAGUCUGAUGCUUACACGUGGACGUGGACCCCUGACGUCCCUCUGAAGUGCGUGGAUCACUCGGCCAGGGUGCGACAGUUCUACAACCGAACCAGAACGCACAUAUCGUGCCAAGCUAUUUCACCGACAAGAUUGUGA